GAUUAUUGCUCUAAGAGUAAUGGUGUUAUUUUCAUUUCAAAGUCGCACUGUGUAUUUUUUAUAUUAAUUAAAAAUUGUGUUAAAUAUUAUUUUUCUAUGGGUAACUAAUAUAAAAAGCGGGGUAAAAAAGUCAGCUGAUGAUUUGUAUCUUAUUUCCGUGUUCUUAAUAUUAAAAAAUGUGUUAAAAGUGGAGAGAUUCUGCGGCUAUCGAGGCGCCAGAAUGUCUGAUGAAUUGGAAGCUCGGAUGUGGGACGAGGGAGGCUCCAGAUAUGAAUCCAGGAACCGUGGAACAUUUUACGAAUCUGCGUUCGCUUCAUCAGAACACUUGGACAGAGCUCCCUUAUUAUCCGAGGAGAGCUACACGGAGGUGCCGGUGGCGCCGCCCAGCGAGUCGGACGAACACUGUCACUGGACGAGACCUGAACCCCCAAGUGCUGUUCCUCAACUCGUCUGUGCACUUAUACUGUGCGCCGUUUUUAUGAUAUGCGAGCUGGUCGGUGGUUACUUGGCAGGCAGCCUGUCUGUGAUGAGCGAUGCGGCGCAUAUGUUGAGCGACUGCGGUGGCUUUGCGCUUGCGAUACUCGCUUUCCGCUGCGCUGGGAGACAGCCUAACGCCAAUAUGUCCUAUGGCUAUAGGAGAGCUGAGGUAUUGGGCGCGAUGACCUCUGUCCUCCUGAUCUGGGUGCUGACGGGAGUGUUCGUGUACGUGGCGGCGCUGCGUAUCCACACCGGCGACUACCAGAUCGAGCCCGACAUGAUGAUGAUCGUGUCGGGCUGCGGCGUGGCUUUCAACGUGGUGCUGGCGCUCGUGCUGCACGGCUGCGCGUCCGACAUCGCGCACCACCACUCGCACGGCGGCGCGGCGUGCUCGCACGCGCACGGCGCGCGGCGGCCGCUGUUCGGGCGCGCGGCGGCCGCCAACGGCGCGCUCGCCAACGGCGACUACGGCGACUACGGCAUGAAGGACCUCGCCGCCGCCGACGCGCACGUGGCCGGCUCCGCCGCCAGGAAUAUCAAUCUCCGCGCCGCCUUAAUCCACGUGAUCGGUGACCUCAUCCAGAGCUGCGGGGUUCUGCUCGCUGCUGUUCUCAUCAAAAUAUAUCCCGACGCGAAGGUGGUGGACCCGGUGUGCACGUUCGUGUUCGGCGUGCUGGUGCUGCUCACGUCGGCGCGCGUGGUGCGCGACGCGCUCGCGAUGCUCAUGCAGGCCGUGCCCGCGCACUUCCGGUAUAGAGAGUGUGUGGCCUCACUGUCGGCCGUGAACGGUGUGCGGCACGUUCAUUCCGUCCAUGCGUGGGCUCUGUCGACCCACCACACCGUUUUGACAGCACACGUCGCAAUCGACGAACUGGCCGACUGGGAGUCCGUCCUCCACAGUUGCCAGCAGCUGGCGCGCAGUCAGUUCGGUGUCGACAGCGCCGCCUUCCAGGUGGAGCGCUACUCCAGCUGCAUGACCACCUGCCGGCACUGCAAGCAGCCUGCCGCCGUGCCCUGACCCCUGUGCACGCUGAGCCGCUAGCCGGACAUAGAAUAACGCGGCUGAGCGCUACCAGACUUUAACACGACUCGUAAAGAAGAUUGACCGAAGUAAUGUUGAAGAGGAACUCCGAAUGAUUCCAUGUUCCGUGUUAAUGGUCAGUUGUAUUGUUUGUAAGUAUAAUGACUCUCGUGAACGCGACAUUCCAAAAAGUAUUACUAUUAAAAAAUUAGUCGUAAGAUACGGUCGUUUGUAGCUUUCAAGUAUAUUUCGACGAUGUUUGUCUAAAAGGUCGUAUGUGCGUUGAAUUUGAAUUGCCGUUUCGAACGUAACCGCGUCCUACAGAGUGACGCGUACAGACGAUCUUUCCUUCUCUUUCUCAUUGUCUCUUUUGUAUACGGUUUUAUAUCAUAUAAAUUAAACUUUUUUUUUUGUUGUAAAAAAUCGAAAUUUUUUAAUAGCAGUUUGGACAUUGUUUUUAAUACACUUCAUUGUAAGCCACAUAAUAA